AUGGCUCCUGGAAAUGGUUCCUUGGUGACAGAAUUCAUUCUGUUGGGAUUAACAGACAAACCAAAUCUCCAACUUCCCCUGUUCUUCUUGUUUCUAGUAAUGUAUACGGUCACUGUGUUGGGAAAUUUGGGCAUAAUAAUUUUAAUUGUGCUGAAUUCAAACCUACAUACUCCCAUGUACUUUUUGCUCUUUAAUUUGUCCUUCAUUGAUUUCUCUUAUUGUUCUGUUUCUACACCCAAAAUGCUGAUUAACUUCAUAUGCAAGAAGAAUAUUAUCUCCUACAUGGGGUGCAUGACACAGCUUUACUUUUCGUGUUUUUUUGUUAUUUCUGAAUGCUAUGUACUGACAUCAAUGGCCUAUGAUCGCUAUGUGGCCAUCUGUAAACCACUUUUGUAUAAUGUUGUCAUGUCCCCUAAAGUGUGUUCCGGUCUUAUGCUUGGUUCGUACUUGAUGGCAUUUUCUGGUGCCAUGGCCCACACAGGAUGCAUGCUAAGCCUGACUUUCUAUGAUGCAAACACCAUUAACCAUUAUUUGUGUGACAUUCUCCCUCUGCUCCAGCUCUUCUGCACAAGCACCUACAUCAAUGAACUGGUUGUUUUUAUUGUGGUGGGCAUCAAUGCCGUUGUGCCUAGUGUCACCAUCUUUGUCUCUUAUGGUUUCGUCCUCUCCAGCAUCCUCCACAUCAGCUCCACAGAGGGCAGGUCGAAAGCCUUUGGUACAUGCACUUCCCACAUAAUUGUUGUUUCUCUCUUCUUUGGAUCAGGUGCAUUUAUGUAUCUCAAAUCAUCUUCUUCUGUGUCUAUGGAUGAGGGAAAAAUCUCUUCUGUCUUUUACACCAAUGUGGUUCCCUUGAUGAAUCCCUUAAUUUAUAGCUUGAGAAAUAGAGAUGUUAAACUUGCUCUGAGAAAAACUCUGAGUAGGAGAAAGUUUUGA